AUGCCACUCAAACUGAGGUUAUAUAGACUGUCAACGGUUCGAUACUUUACUCGCCAGCCCCUAGAUCCAAAACAUAUAUUCACUAAUCCAGAAACGAAUAGCCUACGAUGCCCCCCAAAGUUCUUCCAAGAGGAAACCCCUAAUCUUGGCAAUAAUUAUGAAGCUGGUAAGCAUGAAGGAAACAGGGACAAUAUUGCAGAAGCUGUUGGUAAUUCAAUUAUAGAGUAUAAAAGAAGGAAGCGAAAAGCCAGGUGGACACUAUUCUUUGGAGGAGUUUUCUUUAGUGUAUUUGGGUAUGCUAUAUGUUACAAAGUGGCAUACAAAGGCGACGAGUUAUUCUUGCCGUUGUGGCCUUCAAAGAGAGCAAGGCCUCUUGAAAAGACACAGUCAACAUACUUGAAGCUCAAGGAAUUGAAGAGUAUUGCAGAAACCAAGGUAUAUGAAAAGCUCUCCAUGCAUAAAAUGAUUAAGGAACAAUACGGGGUCCCUCUUCGUACUGCAGACGGGAAGCGCCCGGAAACGCAGCGAUUUGACGCAUGGCAAGAGGACCAAUACCCUGGUAUUAUGGGGCUGCUGCUUGAACCUUCGAACUACGAACCGAAACGUAGUGAAAAGGCUUUGUGGCACAGCGUUCCGCAUUUUUGUAAAUGGAGGAUAGGAUAUAAAAGGUUGCAUUGGCCAGAUUCGGUUAGUGACAUCCUGGAAAUUCUGGGUCUGAGAGCAUCUGAUUUGGUCCAGGUGAUUAACCCGGAUAGGGAUUAUGGGGACUUCAGGUAUGAAACACCGUCAGCAAAGCGAAAUAACCAUGAACGUUCAAGUUACAUUUCUUUUGUAGGCGAAAUGGCUCUAGGUCCCGAUGCAUUGAUAGUUUACAGUGGUCGAUAUCAUGUUAACGUUCAAAUAGACAAGGUUGAUUUGUUACGAAAAGAAGACGAGAAAUUGGUCAAAUACGUGUUAUUCAAAUCAAGUAAUAAUUAA